AUGUUAUUGUUAUUGUUGGUGUGGUUGUUGGAAGUUAUUAAGAUUGGCGGUGAGGAUGUGGAUGUGGGUGUCGGCGUGGAUGUGGAUGUGGAUGUUGUGGUAGUUGUGGUUGUUGUCGUAGACAGGGCCAGAGGCAGUGUGGUAGUCGUCGUAGCUGUCGUGGCUAUUGCAGUAGUCGAUGUUGGUGAAGUCGUCGCCAUAGUCGAAGUCAUCGUCGUCGAAGUCAUUAUAUCAUUGUCCAAAUGA